UACGCAUGCGCUUUGUUGUUAAGGAACUAGGCUGUGUAAUGACAGGUAAUCAUUAGCCACUAGCUUGCUAUCCUAAGAAGAAAAACGUACAAAAAUUGCGCGCUAGAGACGGUUUCCCUGCAGCUGAACCUCGGUAAAGUCUGAGCCAGUGGUGUACCUGUACCUUCACAAUGACCUGUCAGCACUUCUUCCUGCUGCUGCUGCUGAGUAUUGGAGUCUCAGCGGUGGAAGUCCAACGUCCUCGCGGUGUCCCUCUAUCGAAAAAGCAGUUCUAUGAAGAGGGCAAACCUUUUACUUGCCUGGAUGGCUCCCGUUCAAUUCCCUUUGACAGAGUGAACGAUGACUACUGUGACUGCCAGGACGGCUCUGAUGAGCCAGGUACUGCUGCUUGUCCCAAUGGCAGCUUCCACUGCACCAAUGCAGGUUUCCGACCGGCCUUCAUCCCUUCUUCACGCAUCAAUGACGGAAUAUGCGACUGCUGUGACACAACAGAUGAGUACAACAGUGGGGCUGCCUGUCAAAACACCUGCAGGGAGUUGGGGCGCAAAGAGAGAGAAAGCCUCCAGAAGAUGGCAGAGAUCGCUAAGGAGGGUUUUCUGCUUAAACAGCAACUUAUCCAGGAGGCCAAGAGGGGCCUAGAGGACAAGAAGGCUAAAAUUUCAGACAUUCAAGUUAAUAAGAAGGACCUGGAAGAGAAGGUGGAGGCUCUGAGAACUGUGAAGGAGACAGCAGAGCAGCCAGAGAAAGAAGCUAAAGAGCGCCAUCUGAAGGCCUGGGAAGAUCAAAAAGCUGUGAUUCGCAUGGAGAAGGACAAGGCUAAGAUGGCUGAGGUGUUUCUUGAACUGGAUGAUGAUGCAGAUGGCUUUGUCUCCGUGACUGAACUUCUGUCCCAUUCUGAGCUCGACCCAGAUUCAGAUGGUUCCUUCACAGAAUCAGAAGCUCAGGGACUUUUGGGCGGGAUGGACAAAGUAGAUACAGGAGCAUUUGAGACGGUUUGGAAUAACCUCAAAGAAAAAUACAUAUCAGAGACCAAAGCACCAGCACCAGCGGAGACUCCCCAGGAGGAGAUGAGGGAGCCGGUCUCCGACAACGACUCCGAGCAGUACCCUGAAGAUGACAUCCCGGAGGAAGAAGAGGAGGAUGAUGAAGAGGAUGAUGAUGAUGAUCCAGAUGAGGCAGACUAUAAGAGCCCUCCUACGACGCAGACUCAAGAAAAGAAGGAUGAUGAUGAUGAGGGGACUAUGCCACCCUACGAUCAAGAAACACAGAACCUCAUUGAUGCUGCUCAGAAAGCCAGGGAUGAAUUUGAUGAGUCUGAGAGAGCUCUCCGCGAAGUGGAUGAUCAAAUCAGGAACCUUGAGAAGGAAAUCUCCUUUGACUUUGGACCCAAUGCUGAGUUCGCCUACCUCUAUAGCCAGUGUUACGAGUUAACUACUAGCGAGUACAUCUACAGGCUCUGUCCAUUCAACAGAGUAACCCAGAAACCCAAGUAUGGUGGAUCAGAAACUAACCUGGGAACAUGGGGAAAGUGGGCAGGUCCUGAGGAUGACAUCCACUCUGUGAUGAAGUAUGAACAUGGAACAGGGUGCUGGCAAGGCCCCAACAGAUCCACCACGAUUAAGUUAACAUGUGGAAAGGAGACCGUUGUGACAUCUACCUCAGAGCCUAGUCGCUGUGAGUACCUGAUGGAGUUCAUCACCCCUGCUGUCUGCCAGGAGCCCCUGAACCCGGAUCCAGCGCUUCAUGAGCAUGUAGAACUCUAGAUCCAAUUGAUUUGUUGCUCUUGAGGGACCACAGUCACUGCAGCAACAUGAAGUUGCCAUGCUGUGAGCUGCACCACCUUAGUGGUUAACAAUCAAGGCUAAAUGAUGGAAAUUCCAAUGAUUCGUUUUGUUGUCUACAUUUUAAACUUCCACCUCUACAUGUUGUGCUGUUUCUCUUGUGAGUGUUAAAUGUAAUGUCAUUCCAUUGUUUUCAAAUAAAGUUCUUUUUAUCAUA